AUAAAAGAGGGGAUGCUGAUGAAACAGACCAGCUCCUUCCAGCGCUGGAAGAGACGGUACUUUAAGCUGCGAGGACGAACACUCUACUAUGCAAAAACUGCUAAGUCCAUUAUUUUUGAUGAGGUGGAUCUGACAGAUGCCAGUGUGGCAGAAUCCAGCACUAAGAAUGUCAACAACAGUUUCACGAUUAUCACUCCAUGUCGGAAGCUCAUCCUUUGUGCUGAUAACAGAAAAGAGAUGGAAGAUUGGAUUGCGGCACUGAAGACUGUACAAAACCGUGAACAUUUUGAGUCUACCCAGUACAGCAUGGACCAUUUCUCAGGGAUGCAUAACUGGUACGCCUGCUCACAUGCUCGGCCAACGUACUGCAAUGUGUGUCGGGAGGCAUUAUCUGGAGUCACAUCACAUGGGCUUUCAUGUGAAGUGUGCAAGUUUAAAGCCCACAAGCGGUGUGCUGUGCGGGCAACCAAUAAUUGCAAGUGGACCACUCUGGCCUCUAUCGGGAAGGAUAUCAUUGAGGAUGAAGAUGGGAUCUCGAUGCCACAUCAGUGGUUGGAAGGAAACCUGCCUGUGAGUGCCAAAUGCACUGUGUGUGAUAAAACCUGUGGCAGUGUCCUACGUUUGCAAGACUGGCGCUGUCUUUGGUGCAAAGCCAUGGUACACACAGCAUGUAAAGAGUUGUUGCCAAACAAGUGCCCUCUUGGGCUGUGCAAAGUAUCUGUCAUUCCUCCUACUGCUCUUAACAGCAUUGAUUCAGAUGGUUUCUGGAAAGCUACUUGUCCCCCUUCUUGCACAAGCCCUUUGUUGGUCUUUGUCAACUCAAAAAGUGGAGACAACCAAGGUGUAAAAUUUCUAAGAAGAUUCAAACAGCUACUGAAUCCAGCCCAGGUCUUUGACCUCAUGAACGGAGGACCUCACCUUGGUUUACGCUUAUUCCAGAAAUUUGACACUUUCCGGAUUCUAGUUUGCGGUGGGGACGGAAGUGUUGGCUGGGUUCUCUCCGAAAUUGAUAGCCUCAAUCUUCACAAGCAGUGCCAGCUGGGAGUGCUGCCCUUGGGAACAGGGAAUGAUCUUGCCCGUGUGUUAGGCUGGGGGUCUGCUUGUGAUGAUGAUACCCAGCUCCCGCAGAUCCUGGAGAAGCUGGAGAGGGCCAGUACCAAAAUGCUGGACAGGUGGAGCAUCAUGGUGUAUGAAACCAAACUCCCUCGCCAGGCCUCCACUUCCACAGUCACUGAAGAUUUCAGUGAGGAUUCUGAGGUGCAGAAGAUUCUCUUCUAUGAAGACUCUGUGGCUGCUCAUUUGUCCAAAAUUUUGACUUCUGACCAACACUCAGUGGUCAUCUCCUCAGCCAAGGUGCUUUGUGAGACAGUGAAGGAUUUUGUGGCUCCAGGAGGGAAAGCCUAUGAGAAGGCAACAGAAAGCUCAGAGGAAUCAGAGGUCAUGGCCAGGAAGUGCUCUGUCCUGAAGGAAAAGCUGGACUCAUUGCUGAAGACACUGAAUGAUGAAUCUCAAGCAUCUUCAUCUCUGCCAAACCCUCCUCCCACCAUUGCAGAGGAAACGGAAGAUGGUGAUGGGUCAGGCAGUGCUUGUGAUUCUUCUAGUGACCGGUCGGUGGGCUCGUCAUGUACUGCACGGCCCCAGAUAUUUCGCCCCCGAGAACAGCUCAUGUUGAGAGCCAACAGCUUGAAAAAAGCCAUUCGUCAGAUAAUAGAGCAUGCAGAAAAAGCUGUAGAUGAGCAGAAUGCCCAGACCCAGGAGCAAGAGGGCUUCCUCCUUAGUCUCUCAGCCUCUGAAGAGGGCAAGGAGCUGAGGAACGAGGAUAAAAUCUCCCUGCAGUCGUCACACAGCAGCAGCUAUGGAGUGUCCAAAGGGAGGAGCCAGCGGAAAGCCUCCAAGUCUCCUUGCGAAAGACUAAUAAACAAAGGAAGUUUGUCGCUGGGCAGCUCUGCAUCUCUUCCUCCCCAGACAGGAAACCGGGACAACUUGCCAAUGCUGAACACAAAAAUCCUCUACCCAAAUAUCCGUGCUGGCAUGUCUGGUUCUUUGCCUGGGAGCUCUGUGAUCAGCCGAUUGUUGAUCCAUGCUGAUCCCUUUAACUCUGAGCCUGAAAAUCUUGAAUGUUACACAGAGAAGUGUGUCAUGAAUAAUUACUUUGGAAUUGGACUGGAUGCAAAGAUUUCUUUGGACUUCAACAACAAACGUGAUGAGCACCCAGAGAAAUGCAGAAGUCGUACUAAAAACAUGAUGUGGUACGGAGUAUUGGGGACCAAGGAGCUGCUACACAGAACAUAUAAAAACCUGGAGCAGAAAGUCUUGCUGGAGUGUGAUGGGAGGCCAAUCCCUUUGCCCAGUCUCCAGGGAAUUGCCGUACUCAACAUUCCCAGCUAUGCAGGAGGCACCAACUUCUGGGGGGGAACCAAGGAAGAUGAUACAUUUACAGCCCCCUCCUUCGAUGACAAGAUUUUGGAGGUGGUAGCAGUGUUUGGUAGCAUGCAGAUGGCAGUGUCACGAGUGAUAAACCUACAGCAUCACCGGAUUGCACAGUGUCGGACGGUGAAGAUAGCAAUCCUGGGAGAAGAGGGAGUUCCCGUGCAAGUGGAUGGAGAAGCCUGGAUCCAGCCUCCGGGUUACAUUUGGAUUGUUCAUAAGAACAGAGCACAGACCCUCACCCGAGACAGGGCAUUUGAGAGCACCCUGAAGUCUUGGGAGGACAAACAGAAGUGUGAGUUGUCCCGACCCUCCUCUUUCUCUCUGCAACCAGAGAUCAUGUCCGAAGAAGAAUCCACCCAGAUCAACCAGUUUGGUCAAGCUGCAGGUGCUCUGAUCCACAGCAUUCGGGAAAUAGCCCAAUCCUAUCAGGACAUGGAACAGGAGCUUGCCCAUGCUGUCAAUGCCAGCUCCAAGUCUAUGGACAAAGUCUACGCUAAAUCCAAGUCUACAGAGGGUCUGAACUGCAGCCUUGUUGUAGAGAUGGUGAAUAAUGUCAAAGCCCUGCAUAAUGAGACAGAGCUGCUGCUGGCGGGCAAGAUGGCGCUGCAAUUAGAUCCUCCACAGAAGGAGCAGCUCCAAGCAGCCCUGGCAGACAUGGACCUCCAGCUGAGGAAACUAGCAGACAUCCCUUGGCUGUGGCAGCUUAUGGAGCCUUGUGAUGAGGAGAACCAGAUGCUGGAUUAUUCUAAACGGAGCCGCAGUGGCAAAUUCCGGCUAGUGACCAAGUUUAAAAAGGAGAAGAACAACAAAAAUAAGGAGACUCAUAGUAGCAUGGGAUUGCCGGUUCACCUCUGGGGAACGGAGGAGGUUGCGGCCUGGCUUGAGCAUCUCAGUCUUUGUGAGUAUAAGGAUAUCUUCAUCCGGCAUGACGUCCGGGGCUCUGAGCUCCUGCACCUCGAACGGAGGGACCUCAAGGACCUGGGUGUGACCAAAGUGGGUCACAUGAAGAGGAUACUGCACGGGAUCAAGGAGCUGAGCCGGAGUACUCCUGCCAGCGAGGUUUAGCCUCUGUUUUCACAGCCUGUGUCUACCAUUCCCCCUAACUGCACAGCAGUCACCUCACAGAGCAGAUGUGCUCACAACUGUCUCUGCUGUUCAGGGCUCAUAUCAACCAAGCAUGGUGCUACCUUUUUUCCUGUGGGGUACGGCUGCAUCCAGUCGAGAGGCACCUUAUCUGCAGUCAGGCAGAGCCUCCCGGAAGAAAACUCACUUGCUGUUUGAAGAACCAUGUCCUCCGACGUGGGAAGUUCUGGUUCCAGUGACAGUGCAGGACUCCUGAGAAUUGCAACACAGCUACCUUUACUGGAUAACUUCAUCACAGUAGAAUUAUUCAGGGCAAAAGAUAUAUUGGCCAGUCUUAGUUCAGGAGCAUCUGACAGUCUUUUCAGACCCAAAACUUUCCCGCUCAUCUGUGUGUCACACCUGUAUCUUAGAGCAUUUAAGUGGGACA